GAAAAUCCUUCUACCCUAAGUUUGAGAGGAAAUGCUAGGAAUGGUUAGUGUGUUAGUUAGUAAGCUCGUGUAGUUUGUUAGAGAGGAAUAGUGUCAUUAUAAGAGUGGUUUGAGUGAUUGUUAGUUACAGUAUUUAUAUAACCAUUCGUUUGUGUUGUAAUCAGUUAGAAAAUUAAUAAUAUCACAAAAAAAAUAAGAUUUUCUCAUUCAUUUCUUUUCUUUUCUUUUUAUAGGUUUUUCUUUAUCUGAUUUUCAUUGAUAUUAGUUUAAUUAGUUUAUGAAACGAAUUUUAGUAUAUCUAAUUUGUUAAUUUGAUACUUAAAAGUUAAAAUAGAAGUUGGUGGAUUCAAUUGGUUACAGGGGCCAUUUGCUUGGAGGUUCUGAAAGUAGUAGCCAACACUGUCUGGAGGCUGACUAUAUAUUCUAUGCUCCUUUAGCUUCCCGCCAAAUUUUUAGCCAUGAAAAGAAGGUUAAUAUCAAUUGGCGACCAAAGUAGUUAUGCCUUUAAACAAAAUCUAAGAAUUACCCAUUUGGGUAAAUGCGGUCGGAUCGAAGAUGCCAUCAGAAUUUUUUUAGGAAUGUCUCAAAGGAACACUGUUACGUACAAUUCCAUGAUAUCUGCCUAUGCGAAAAAUGGUAGAGUUAUAGACGCACGCGUUCUGUUUGAUAAAAUGCCUUGCAGAAACUUGGUAUCUUGGAAUACCAUGAUUGCCGGCUAUUUGCACAAUAAUAAGGUUGACGAAGCCUACGAAUUAUUUGUUAAAAUGCCUCGUAGAGACCUUUUUUCGUGGACUUUGAUGAUUACUUGCUAUACCCAGAAUGGGAUGCUUGAAAAGGCUAAACAACUUCUGAAUUCACUUCCUUGUAACUAUAAGAAAGAUGCGGCUUGCUGGAAUGCCAUGAUUUCCGGUUAUUCCAGGGAAGGCAGAUAUGAUGACGCAAAGAGGCUGUUUAAUGAAAUGCCAGUUAAAAAUAUAGUUUCGUGGAACUCAAUGUUAGCAGGGUAUACCCAAAAUGGGCAAAUGAGUUUAGCUUUACAGCUUUUUCAUGAAAUGUUGGAGCGUGAUGUAGUUUCAUGGAAUUUGAUGGUGGAUGGGUUUGUUGAACUCGGUGAUUUGGAUUCUGCUUGGGAGUUUUUUAAAAAAGUUCCCGAGCCAAACAUUGUUUCUUGGGUUACAAUGUUAUAUGGAUUUGCAAGAAAGGGAAAGCUUUUGGAAGCUAGGAGGCUGUUUGAUCAAAUGCCUAGUAAAAAUGUAGUUUCUUGGAAUGCUAUGAUUUCAGCAUAUGUUCAGAGCCGCCAAAUUGAUGAGGCAGAGAAGCUAUUUGAAGAGAUGCCAAAGAGAGAUUCUGUGUCAUGGACUACGAUGAUUAAUGGGUAUGUUCGUGCUGGUAAGCUUGAUGAAGCAAGGAAAACAUUGAGUAAAUUGCCUUACAAGAACAUUGCUGCCCAAACAGCAAUGAUAUCUGGUUAUAUAAAAUAUAAUAAAAUAGAUGAAGCAAGACAAAUCUUCAAUGAGAUAGGCACCCCUGACAUGGUUUGCUUCAACACUAUGCUUGCAGGCUAUACACAGUGUGGAAGAGUGGAUGAAGCUAUCCAUCUAUUUGAACAGAUGGUCAAAAAGGACAUAGUUUCAUGGAAUACUAUGGUUGCUGCUUAUGCUCAAGUAGGACAAAUGGAAAGAGCUCUGAAGGUCUUUAAAGAGAUGGGAGAGAGGAAUUUAGUUUCCUGGAAUUCAUUAAUUUCGGGUUUCAUGCUACAUGGAAUGUAUUUGGAUGCACUGUGGUGUUUUGUGCUGAUGCAACAUGAAGGAAAGAAACCUGAUCAAUCUACCUUUGCUUGUGCGCUCAGUUCAUGUGCUAUUGUUGCAGCUCUGCAAGUUGGCAGGCAGCUUCACCAUCUUGUUAUUAAGAGUGGUUAUAUAAAUGAUUUGUUUGUCUGCAAUGCUUUGAUCACCAUGUAUGCUAAAUGUGGAAAAAUUCUGGAAGCCAAGCUUGUAUUCAAAGGCAUUUGUAAUGCUGAUGUUGUGUCUUGGAAUUCUUUGAUUGGUGGGUAUGCUUUAAAUGGAUGUGGAGAAGAGGCACUUACUCUCUUUGAGGAGAUGAAGUUAGCAGGGGUGGUUCCUGAUCAAGUCACUUUCAUUGGUAUUUUAUCUGCAUGUAGUCAUGCUGGCCUUAUUGAUCAGGGUUUGGAAUUAUUUCAUUGUAUGACUCAGGUGUAUGGAAUUGAAUCAUUGGCUGAGCACUAUGCUUGCAUUGUUGACUUGCUUGGGCGGGCGGGAAGGUUAGAUGAGGCUUUUGAAAUGGUGAAGAGAAUGAAAAUCAAGUCCAAUGCUGGUGUCUGGGGUGCAUUGCUUGGUGCUUGCCGGAUGCAUAGGAAUUUGGAACUUGGAAAAUUUGCUGCUCAGAAGUUGUUGAAAUUUGAACCUAACAGUACAUCACAUUAUGUGCUCUUGUCAAACAUGCAUGCUGAGGCAGGAAGAUGGAGUGAAGUACAGGAGGUAAGGUUAAUAAUGAAAGAGAUUAGCACGAGGAAGCUACCGGGCUGCAGCUGGGUUGAACUGAAAAAUCAGGUACAUACCUUUCUCUCUGACAACUUAACUUGGUCCACAUCAGCAGAUAUUCAUGAAACUCUACAAACCUUAACUGCUCAAAUGAGAAACACUGUUCGCAUGUUUGAAAUCUCAGUUUGACAAUUAUUACUGUUAAAUUGUCAUUGGCCUUACAAUUUGGUAAAGUGUUGGUGUAAAUUAAAUUCAAAAUGGUUCAAGUGAAAUGUAUUUUAUCAAAUUGAAAAUGAGCUUAUAAAUAAGUUCACUUUCACCCAAAUAGUCUAAGCUAAUUCGGUUUGGGUCACUCCACAAUUAAAUGCCCUUUAAUUUUGUUACUUCUUAGCAAUGUCGGAUUUUGGUUUCAACUAUUGUUUAGCCUUUUCUAUUUUUUGAUACAAAUUAGGGGAUGAUGAUUUGAACUUAAGACUUUACUCAAGUUGAUAUAUUCACUUGUCACCAGGCUAAGCAGGUGCAUUAACCCUUUUCUAUUCGUCAA